AUGCUAGUACAGUUUUUGGACGAUCGAAAUACCUUCCCCAACUUCGAGCAUCUGGCCUACUGGCAAAUAGAGUUCAACAACAUAGCUGCCGUCACCGUGUUUUUUGUCUGGAUUAAGCUGUCAGUGUUAGCUAUAGGAAUUAACAUCUACAGAUCAUCCAGUGUGGAGAUGCUAGUACAGUUUUUGGACGAUCGAAAUACCUUCCCCAACUUCGAGCAUCUGGCCUACUGGCAAAUAGAGUUCAACAACAUAGCUGCCGUCACCGUGUUUUUUGUCUGGAUUAAGCUCAUGGACCUCAUGCUGGUCUGCAGCGUUGUGCCGAAGAUGGCGGCCAACUUCCUGUCUGGCAGGAAGUCCAUCUCCUUUGCGGGUUGUGGCACACAGGUGGGCUUCUUUGUCUCCCUCGUGGGGUCUGAGGGGCUCUUGCUGGGGCUUAUGGCUUACGACCGCUAUGUGGCCAUCAGCCGCCCGCUUCACUACCCCGUCCUCAUGACUCAGAGGGUCUGUGCCCAGAUUGCUGGGAGCUCCUGGGUUUUCGGGAUACUAGAUGGAAUGAUUCAGAUGGCGGCCGCCAUGACCUUCCCCUACUGCGGCUCGAGGAACGUGGACCACUUCUUCUGUGAGGUGCCAGCUCUGCUGAAGCUGGCCUGUGCGGACACUUCCCUCUUCGACACCCUGCUCUUUGCGUGCUGUGUCUUCAUGCUGCUCCUUCCCUUCUCCAUCAUCGUGGCCUCCUAUGCUCGCAUCCUGGGGACCGUGCUCAGGAUGCAUUCCGUUCAGGCCCGCAAGAAGGCUCUGGCCACCUGUUCCUCCCACCUGACAGCUGUCUCCCUCUUCUAUGGGGCAGCCAUGUUCAUCUACCUGAGGCCUAGGAGCUACCGGGUCCCUGGCCAUGACAAGGUGGUCUCUGUCUUCUACACGGUCCUCACGCCGAUGCUCAACCCCCUCAUUUACAGCCUGAGGAACCGGGAGGUGACGGGGGCACUGAGGAAGGGGCUGGGCCGCUGCAGGGUGGGCGGCCGGCACUGA